CCCAAAACUCACGAAUAGUGUUCAUGUUCACUGCACUGUAUGUAAACAUAACCAUGAUGACCAAAGGCGCGCUCUCUCAACAUGCGUUGUUUUUCUCAUCGCUUUUUCGCGUUACGAAUUGCCCGACCAAGUGCGGUGAACUCGCUUUGCCAAACCGACCAAUCACGGUAUGGUGCGCCUUGCCCGCGAAGCGAAGCGGUUGUCUCUGAUUGGCUGACAGCAGUUUGGAGGCGUAUUUUUCGAGCCAUUUUGACCGAAUAUUUAGCCACAUCCAAGGUACAUUAAUUUAAUAUCUUUGCGGGUACGCGACCGCAUGGCUGUGGACUGGCACCGCUUGGAAGGGUUAAGGCACAGCCAUGUGAGCGGCCGGGUUUGGGUCCUUCGUCGUAACCGGGGGGGUUGAAACGAGGAUGACGCUGAGUCGGUCCCCAAAUGACCGGCGAGCUAGGCUAACAGCUAGCAUGUCCGCCGCGGUGGUUCAAGCCUGAUCUGACAUUUAGCGAGGUCCUUUUUUUCUUCCCUUCCCCACCCUCCCUCCUGUUUGUCACUCGCACCGCCGAGGAUCACUUUUCACGGUAGCUGGUGUAAGCCCCUCCAUGCAGAAGGCGAGAAGGUGGGAAUGUAAGACAGCUGUAAGUGAGCUCAACAUGGGUCGCGGCCGAGGCAGAGGGCGAGGCAGGGGCAGAGGCUCGGCGGGCCAGUUGCGCUCGCCCUCGCCCUACAGACUGCAGCUUUCUCCUUCUCGGGAGACGCUGACAUACGCCCAGGCGCAGAAGAUCGUGGAGGUGGACCUGGACGGCAGGCUGCACCGGAUCAACAUCACCGAUCCCCUGCCGGUGAUCACAGAGGACGAGAUGAUGGCCCAGGACAUUGUCGAGUGCAACAGCAACAAGGAGAACAGCGUGCAAACUCAGAGGAGGAAACCCUCCAACAGCAAAGGGAGGAGGAAUUGCAAAAACGCAUCACAGCAAAACAAACGACCCAGCUCCCAGCAGCAACUGGCAUCUACCAAUCCCCUCCAGGUCCAGAGUCCGCUCCCGGAGCCCACCUUCCGCACACUCGGCUCCGUUUGCCCAAUCGAAGCCUCUCCCCUCCCCAACGCCUAUUACCGCUUCAUUGAGAAGUCUGGCGAGGAGCUGGACAGAGUGGCUGAGUACGACAUGGACGAGGAAGACCUGGCUUGGCUGGAGAUGGUGAACCAGAAGCGAGUGUCCGACGGCCACGCAUCCGUGUCCGCCGACACCUUCGAGCUGCUGAUCGACCGCUUGGAGAGGGAGUCCAUCUUGGAGUCCCGCAGCCAGGCGCUGUCCCAGUGCGCCGUGGACGAGGACGCCUUCUGCUGCGUAUGCCUGGACGACGAGUGCCUGAACAGCAACGUCAUCCUCUUCUGUGACAUCUGCAACCUCGCCGUGCACCAGGAGUGCUACGGCGUGCCGUACGUACCCGAGGGCCAGUGGCUGUGCCGCUGCUGCCUGCAGUCGCCCUCCCGCCCCGUAGAUUGCGUCCUGUGUCCCAACCGAGGAGGUGCCUUCAAGCAGACCAGCGACGGGCGCUGGGCCCACGUAGUGUGUGCCAUAUGGAUCCCGGAGGUGUGCUUUGCCAACACAGUCUUCCUGGAACCCGUGGAGGGGGUGAAGAACAUCCCCCCGGCCCGUUGGAAGCUCACCUGCUACCUGUGCAAGCAGAAGGGCCACGGCGCGUCCAUCCAGUGCCACAAAGCCAACUGCUACCGCGCCUUUCAUGUCACCUGCGCCCAGAAAGCCGGACUCUACAUGAAGAUAGACCCCGUCCGUGAGACGGGCGUCAACGGGACCACCUUCUCAGUGAAGAAGACCGCCUUCUGCGAGCACCACUCCCCGGUGGGGUCCCGGCGCGACGGGUCCGGAGAUGAGUCAGUUGAAGGGAGACUGGUGGGGGGUAGGGGAAACAGGGGGCAGCGGUCAUACACGCAGAGCUCCCCCACGCCGUCGGCAAAGAAAACAUCCAAGGGCCAAAAGAAGAAGAGCACAAAAGGGCCCACGCGUCGUUCCAAUGUGCCUGUGCUGCUUGUGCCUCAAAUUCCCUCCCACAGGCUGAACAAGAUCUGCACAGGAGUAGAAGUCCAGCGGAAGAAUCAAUUCAUGCAGAGGCUUCACAAUUACUGGCUCCUCAAGCGACAGUCGCGGAACGGGAUGCCUCUGAUACGUCGACUUCACCCCUGCAUGCAGGCCCACCGGACUGCCCAACAGAAGGAGCCAGAUGAGAAGCUGUGUGCUGCCCGAGAGGAACUGCGGUACUGGCAGAAGUUAAGGCAAGACUUGGAAAGAGCCAGACUUCUGGUGGAACUCAUUCGCAAGAGAGAGCGCCUAAAGAGGGAGCAGAUGAAAAUUCAGCAGGCUGCAACGGAGCUGAAGCUGACCCCGGCGCUGGUGCUCUUGCGGACCACCUUAGAGCAGCUGCAGGAGAAGGACACGGCCAAAAUCUUCUCUCAGCCCGUCAAUCUAGCAGAGGUCCCAGACUACCUGGAGUUCGUAUCCCAGCCCAUGGACCUGUCCACCAUGCGAGCCAAGCUAGAGGGGCAUGCCUACUGCUCCGUCGCUGAGCUCGAGGCGGACUUUGAGCUCAUGAUCUCUAACUGCCUCAAGUACAACUCCAAGGACACCAUGUUCCACAAAACGGCCUUGCAGCUGCGCGAGGUGGGUGGGGCCGUCCUGCGCCACGCCCACAGGCAGUCGCAGAACAUCGGCCUGGACCCGAGCACCGGCAUGCACCUGCCCGAGUCUCCCAACAAGCACGGCUUUCAGCAGUGCACCUGGGAUGAUGUCGACUCCCUCUUGGACCCCGACAACAGGCUUCACCUGAGCACGGAUGAGCAGCUUAAGGCCUUGCUGGACAAAUUGGAUGUGGUGACUUCCAUGCGAACCAGCGGCGGACGAACCAAACGCAUUCGACUGCUCCGGCGAGAAAUCAACACGCUGAGGCUCAAGGCGAACCAGCAGCAGCAAAACACGCAGACGCUGAACACGAAGGAUGAAGUGCAAGAGGAGGAUGAGAAAAAGAAAAAGAAGAAGGCAAAAAGGAAAAUUCUAGAUCAUGGAGUUGUGUCCGCAGAUGACUCCCCUCCUGUGUUAGAACUUACCUGUCCGGCAUCAUCGCCGCUGCAAGGCGACGCUCCACUAGAACCGCCCAUCCUAGGCAUCGUAACAGGAGGCCGGCGGUCGCCCGGGCGCUCCUACAAGCGGCAGAGAUCGUCACGAAGCGGCAGCAAAAGCCAAGGAGAGGACGAGGCCGAAGUGGGCGAGACGCCAUCUUGCCGACCAGAAGCUGUGCACGAGGGCACGCCGUUGGGAACGCCGCCAGCUCAGCCCGCGGUGGGCGUCGGCCGGCGCACGUCCAUCCUGUUCAAGAAGGCCAAAAACGGCGCGAGAGCCUGCAAAAAGAAAUUUCCACCGCAGCACAACUGCAAAGCGGCAGAGGAUCCGACCGAUGGCUUAGACGGCGUCUCCGCCAGCCCGCAUUCACCCCACGCCGACAUCACCGUCUUACCACUCACUCCUCCUUCGCCCUCCUCACGCCACCUGAGGUCUCGAGGCCACAGCUCAGACAGCGAGGCGGACAAAGACUCUGGUGAGGCAGACCUAACAAACGGAAAACAUGCCUUAGAGGAACACGACGAAGACCAAAAACUCAACUGCAUGGCAUCGCCUCCCAAACGUAGCCGAGGGAAACCCGCUCUGGCCAAGGAUCCCAUCAACGACAGCAGAGACAUCUCGGAAUCGGGCAAGCCUACACUUCUCUGUCCAGACAGCGAGACGGAGUUGGCGCCUCUCGAUCUGGUGUGGGCCAAAUGCAGAGGCUAUCCAUCAUACCCGGCCAUGAUUGUUGACCCAGAUAUGCCCCAGGAAGGACUUCUUCACAACGGCAUCCCCAUCCCAGUGCCUCCCGUGGAGGUGCUCAAGCUGGGCGAGUGGAGGCGGACGGAGGCUGGACAAAAGCUCUUCCUGGUGCUCUUCUUUGACACCAAAAGGACCUGGCAGUGGCUCCCUCGGGAUAAACUGCUGCCCAUGGGAAUGGAUGACACGGUGGACAAACUUCGCCUGAUGGAAGGCAAGAAGCCAAGCGUUCGCAAGUCAGUGCACACGGCGUACGACCGGGCCAUGAUGCACUUGAACCGUAUCCGAGGCAACCUCAACUUCACACCCACCUCCAACUUUAUAUGACUUUUCUUCUUUUAUUGGCAUUGAGCCUCAAACAAAAUAGGAACUUCUCCAGGUGCUCUCAUGAUGAAGGGUAAGUAGUGGAGGAGAAGUGGAAGUGAGUUUGACACAACUUGUUUGCUUUGCGUUUUUAUCAAAUGAUUUCUUUUGACAGUUUGGCCAAAGUGAUUCAAGAUUUGUAAAUAUUGAACUCUGAAAAGGGAAAGAUGUAUUUAGAUUGUAUUUUGUGAAAGUCUCACUUGACACUCGCUUCAUGGCUGGACUUCACAGUUUUAUAAAUAGUAGACACCAGAUUAUACAGCGGACUCUCCGAACACAAGCUGCUGAGGUUGACUUCAAAGUUGCUCCAAUUUCAAAUCAAUUUUUCCUCAAAAGAAAUAAUGUGAAGUUUGUUACGUGUCAGAAAAUCGUUGCUAACUGUACAGGUAAUGUUUUGAGCACCUUUCCUAAGGGACAUGAGCCAAAGUAUAUGCAUAAUGUAGCUAAGUAAAACUAAAAUAAAGUAAAACUACUCGCUCUUUGUCAAGGCCUGACAGCAAUGUAAUGGAGAGUCAAGAAGAUGAUAGGAAUGAGUUUAAUAAAUCAAGCACAUUUACUUCCAAGAUUAAAGUCAAAAUAUAGAGGGGUGAAAAAAAAAUAUAUAUAUAUAUUUUUAAAUGUUUUUAAAUGCCAUUUCUUUUUAGGUAAACGCUCAUGAGAAGAAAGUUUAUUUUUUAUUUUGUAAAAAAGUUGAAAAAAGUCAAAUGGGAUUUAACUUGAUUCAACGAGGAAAACUCAUUAGGGAAAAACAGUAAAAUUAUGAAAUUAUUCUUUUAAAAUUAGCGCUCUAUUUCUAGAAAAGCUUUUGUGUUAAAUAUUUUGGACUACUGUUCAGUGUAAUGAGUUUAUUUGAAUUCACAUCUGGUUGAUAAGAUUGUAUUUGAUAAGUAAAGUCACUGUAAAGUGAAAAAAAAUGUCAGCUAAUUUUGACACCACAGGUAAGAGUUGUUAAACUCUGACAAAUAUGAAUGAUUAAAAAAAGUCAAGCAUGAAAUGAAACUUAAUGAUGGACAAAAAAAAAACACUUUUAUGCACUGUGGGCAUGUCGGCUGUGUGCGCUGAAAACAGCCCUCGCCCCCUAACCAUGAAUGAAAUAACACUACAGCCAGGAAAAAGGGAUCCUACUUCAGCUGGCAACUUUCUUAGGCCAACAUAUCACUACAUGUUUGAGCCACAAAAAUAAUAACCGUUUCGAGACUCCGGUGGUUGAAAUAUACCCCACCAGGACUUUGCGGCGCUUUUCUACGCUGCGACGAGGCACUCUAAAGCAGCCACACCAGCAGACUAUUAAAAAAAAAAAAAAAUUAUCAUUCAACUUCCAUAGUUUAAUACUGUAGUUGUAUUCAGAAAUAAAUCACUGAAUUCACUUAAGAGAAUCUUUAAUUGUAUUGCUCAUAUUAUAUUGAGCAACCAGGACAACUUUAUCACACUUUUCCUCUUUCCCGUCACUGGAGCAGUUUUCUGUGGUGGAAUCACACAAAAAGUGAGGGGAAGAAAAAAAAAAUCUAACUUUGGAGGUUCCACUGUAUAAUUCUAUUAUUUAUUACUAUUUUUAUUUUUUUGCAGAACACAGUAUACUGUAGUCCAGCCAUGAUGAGGUAUACAGUAUGUGGGACUUGUAGUCUGUAUUUAAGUUUUUCCAUAUUGUGAAAGUGUAUGUGGAGUACCUGCUAAGUGCAUACAAAGGCUACUGCGGUCGAACAACUUUUUGAUCGAUUUGAAAAGCACAAACUGGCUCCAGUGUGUGUCACGAGUGCGUGUGUUACAUAUAAUGCGAUUGUGAUUACUAAGCGUAGUAGUAAACGGUGCAUGUGUAUAGUUUUGUACAUAUGUAAAUGUUUGUUUAUACCGGCUAACAGGAAGUAAUUUAAAAGGAAUGCCAUUUUAGAAUUUUAAUUUAUAAAAACAAAAAGGGAAAACAGCAGUUGAGAGUGUUAUUUUAAAGCAAAGACAAAUAUGUCAAAUAUGGGAAAAUACUUUUUUUGUGUGUAUGACGCUUCGUAGCUCUUUUAAACCGUGACAACUUGCCGGAAGAUUUUCUUUAAAAAAACAAAACUAAAAAUAAUAAGAAAUAAAUCACAUGACACAAGACCUGAGCCAUCCCGAGGUUUUUCCCUGUCCUUGGCAGGUCUUGUGUGCAAAAGGCCAUAUUUUCUCACACAACAAUAAAGGCUGUUUGAAUCAA